AUGUCCAUCGAACGGGUUCGGCAGAGCGGCCCGCGCUUGAACUUCAGCGAGCCGCCCACCCCGACCAUGAGUCGUCAGAAUACCUCCCUAUAUGAGAGACAUCAUAAGCGACGUACCACACAUCCGCACUUGCUAUCCUCUCGCAGGAAGCCGAGGAGAUGGCCGCUCGUUUUCCGCUUUAUCAAGGGCGCAAUCCAUGUCGAGAUAAUUCUACCCGUUUUCUUACAUGCAUUAUUCACAGCAUUCGUGGUAUAUCUCGAUACCUACGUCUUUGAAUCGGUCGGAUUACCCGCUAGCAUCAUCCCAUCCCUCUCCAUCGUCGUGGGUUUGAUCCUAGUCUUCCGCAAUCAAACCUCCUACAACCGAUUCUGGGACGGCCGCAACGGCAUGAGCACACUAAACACCUGUGUCCGCAACCUAUCCCGAACAAUAGUAACAAACAGCUACAACACCAAACGCGGACCACCAACCCCAUCCGAGCGCGAAGAUAUAGAGCGCACAAUCCGCAUCCUAGUUGCCAUCCCAUUCGCUACGAAGAAUCAUCUUCGCGCGGAAUGGGGCGCCGCAUGGGCUGGUGGUGGAUUUCUCGGAAACGACGUCGACGAACAUGGCACUGCGGCUUAUAAUCCUGAAUACGCGGGUUUACUUCCAGCUGGACUGGAGGGACAUGAAGAUGAGGGACUGGGAUUGCCGUAUCAAUUGACCUUUUUUGUGGAUGGGUUUAUUAAGCGUGGUGAGGAUAGGGGUUGGUUUAGUGCGCCUAGUGCGAGUCAGAUGCAGGCGCAGUUGAAUACGCUUCUUGAGGCGUAUGGGCGGAUGGAGACUAUUAAACUUACUCCGAUCCCUGUGGCACAUUUGAUUCAUCAGAAACAAGUCCUCGCCCUGUUCGGGUGUGUACUUCCUUUUGCGAUGGUGGAUGAGAUGGGCUGGUGGGCUAUUCCCAUUGUGAGUUUGGUGAUUUUCACUCUUUAUGGUAUAGAGGGAAUUGGGUCUCAGCUUGAGGACCCCUUUGGUUAUGACAGGAAUGAUAUCAAUAUGGAUGCGCUGGUUGGUGAUACCAAGACGGAGAUUGACGUUGUUCUGAGUGAGUGGCGUCAACAUUCCAAAAUUAUGGAGGGUGGUAUGAACGCACGAGAGGGAGAAGACGCAUGGAAAACAAUGCUUGGACGCGGGUAA